AUGAAAUAAGCCUAACCAUUUAUACCUCUUGCUGUUGAUGAUAAUAAGUAAUACGAUAUUAAAAAUGUACUCUAAAAAUAAUUUAAAUAACUUACGCCAGAAGAAUAUCAUUUCUUUAGUUUCUUAAUAGCUACUAAUCAUGUUUUUGAGUAAUUAACAAAUUGCUAAAACAAAUUAAAUAAUGAUUCAACAUUUAGUUUAUGGAAACUUUUUGAGUUCUUUGAUGUUAAUGGAGACAGAAAAUUGCAAUUAGAUGAUUUUAUUAUCACUUUACAAAAAUUAGAUAUUCUGCUCAAAAGAGAAGAAAUUGAGUCCUUGUUUUCUACUUUAGGUGGUGAAGAUGAUAAUAUCAUUUCAUAUGCAGAGUUUGCUAACUUAUUUAAAUUCGCACCUACACCUUAAUGGAGAUAAUCAAAACAAUUAUCUGAAGGAGUUUUGAAUUAAGAUCAAUAGAAAUUAAUACAUUAGAUAUUUAGCUUAUAUGCUAAAAUGGAAAGAAGCAUUUUACACCUGAGAACUUAAAUAGGAAAUGAUAUUCAAUAGCUUGAAGACUUUUUUAGAAAAUUGGAUUAGAAAUAAAAAGGGUAUUUAGUAUUCAAUGACUUUGUGAAUUAUCUUAAAACUAAGGGGGUUCAAGUCAAAGGGAAUGAUUAUUAUCGAGUAUUCUUUAUGCUUUAAUAAUAUAAAUCAGGUAGAAUUAGUUUUAAUGAGUUUCUUAAGAAAUUUUCAACUAAGGAAGCUUAUAAUAACUAUUUGCACUAAUUAGAUCUAUUGAUUAAUCCUCCACAAAUAGCCACAAGAUAAACAAUAGAAUAAUAACCUGUUCUAUAAUACAAAAUCGAUAGUACAACCAAUUUUUAAGGCAAAUAAAUUGAAUAAAAUGAAAUAACUUCAAAAAUAUCAUAAUAGUCCAGAUUUUCACAAGAUCUUGAUGAUUCAAUUAGAUUACCAGGCUAUACUAGAUAUGUUUUUGGCAAUAAUUGA